AUGUCUGCUAUUCAAUAUUUAUUAUUUGAAGAACCAACCGGUUAUGCCGUCUUCCAAGUUAAAUUGCAACAAGAUAAUAUUGGUUCUAAAUUAGCUGAAGUUCAAAAACAAAUCAACGAUUUUGCUUCUUUCACCAAGUUAGUCGAACUAGUUUCCUUUGCUCCAUUCAAAGGUGCAGCUGAAGCUUUGGAAAAUGCCAAUGAUAUCUCUGAAGGUUUGGUUUCUGAAAAUUUGAAAUCUUUAUUAGAAUUGAAUUUACCAAAGGGCUCUGAAAAGAAGACUGUUAUCUUAGGUAUCUCUGAUAAAAACUUGGGUCCAUCCAUUAAGGAAGAAUUCCCAUACGUUGAUUGUAUCUCCAACGAAUUAGUCCAAGAUUUAUUGCGUGGUAUUAGACAACACGGUGAAAAAUUAUUCAAAGGUUUACAACAAGGUGAUUUAGAAAGAGCUCAAUUAGGUUUGGGUCAUGCUUACUCCAGAGCCAAGGUUAAGUUUUCCGUUCAAAAAAAUGAUAAUCAUAUCAUUCAAGCCAUUGCCUUAUUAGAUCAAUUAGACAAAGAUAUCAACACUUUUGCUAUGAGAGUCAAGGAAUGGUACGGUUGGCAUUUCCCAGAAUUGGCCAAGUUAGUUCCAGACAAUUACAAAUUUGCCCAAUUAGUAUUAUUUAUCAAAGACAAAGCUUCCUUAAACGAAGAAUCCUUACAUGACUUGACUGCCAUCUUAAAUGAUGAUGCUGGUAUUGCUGAAAGAGUUAUCGACAAUGCUCGUAUCUCUAUGGGUCAAGAUUUAUCUGAAACCGACAUGGAAAAUGUUUGUGUCUUUGCCAAGAGAGUCGUUUCCAUUGCUGAUUACAGAAAACAAUUAUAUGAUUAUUUAUGUGAAAAAAUGCAUACUGUUGCUCCAAAUUUAUCCGAAUUAAUUGGUGAAGUCAUUGGUGCCAGAUUAAUAUCCCAUGCCGGUUCUUUAACUAACUUAUCUAAACAAGCCGCUUCUACUGUUCAAAUUUUAGGUGCUGAAAAGGCUCUUUUCAGAGCUUUAAAGACUAAAGGUAACACUCCAAAGUAUGGUCUAAUUUACCACAGUGGUUUCAUCUCUAAAGCUUCUGCCAAAAACAAGGGUAGAAUCUCAAGAUACUUAGCUAACAAAUGUUCUAUGGCUUCCAGAAUCGAUAACUACUCUGAUGAACCAUCCAGUGUCUUUGGUGCAGUUAUGAAAAAACAAGUGGAACAAAGAUUGGAAUUCUACAGUACUGGUAAACCAACUUUAAAGAAUGAAGUUGCCAUCCAUGAAGCUAUGGAAUUAUAUAACAAGGAUAAACCAGAAUCUGAAGAAAAGGAAGAAGAAUCCUCAAAGAAGAGAAAACGUGAUGCAUCUGAUGACGAAGAAGAAGAAGAAGAAGUUAAGGCUGAAAAGAAGGCUAAGAAAGAACCAAAAGAAAAGAAGGAGAAGAAGGAAAAGAAAGAAAAGAAGGAAAAGAAGGAGAAGAAAGAAAAGAAAGAAAAGAAGGAAAAAAAAGAUAAGAAAGAAAAGAAGUCUAAGAAAUAA